CAAUACGUUAGUACUUAGUGGUGUCUGCUGUCUGGUCACUAACUCACUAGUCACUACUCGCUGGUGUAUUAUAAGCCAGUAUUGCUCCAACAUUCUUUGAAACAACACAUUAUGGUAAAGAGGUUUUAUAAUGGAUCGUGGUGGUAACUUUUUAGAGAGAGUUUAUGGUAUAAUAGAGGAAGAAAGUUCGUGUCACACUCCGCUUGUGAACUUCAAGUACCCUGAGGAAUUGCAGGAAAUUCUUCGUAAUGACUUGGACAUAUCAGAACCAGUGUCGAACGAAGAGUUGGAGAAGUCAGUUCGGAAGAUACUGCAGUACAGUGUGAAGACGAACAAACACACGUUCAGGAACCAGUUGUACGGCGCUACAGAUCCGUAUGGUUUGGCGGGCGCAUGGAUAGCUGAGGCAUUCAACACAAGCCAAUAUACAUUCGAAGUAGCCCCUGUCUUUACUCUAAUUGAGUUAAACGUGAUAUCUCGUGUCCUCGAUAUGUUUGGACUCAGCAAUGGGGACGGCAUAUUUAGUCCAGGGGGAAGUAUCUCCAUGAUGUAUGCCUUAGUCGCAGCCAGAUAUAAGGCAUUCCCGGAAAUCAAAUCAAAAGGAAUGAAAAAUCUACCAGAAAUGACUAUAUAUACUUCUGAAGAUAGUCACUAUUCAAUCAUGAAGGCUGCUCACUGGCUUGGGUUCGGCACAGAAAGUGUCAGAACGGUCAGAGUAAACGGCUCCGGCCAGAUGAUUACAGAAGAGCUUGAAGUUGCUUUAAAACAUGAUUUGUCUCAUCAAAGAUAUCCAGUUAUGGUAAAUGUAACAGCUGGUACCACGGUUCUUGGUGCUAUUGAUGACAUCGAAGAAAUAUCUGCAAUAUGUCGGAAAUACAAGAUCUGGAUGCAUGUCGAUGCAUGUUGGGGUGGUAGUUUAUUAUUAUCACCCAAAUUUAAAAUUAAACUGAAAGGAAUAGAAAAUGCAAACUCGAUAUCGUGGAACCCACACAAGAUGGCCGGCGCUCCUCUGCAGUGCUCGCUAUUUCUUCUUAGCGAGAAGAAUCUAUUACACGAAGCCAACUCAGCGGCUGCACAGUAUUUGUUCCAACAAGACAAGUUUUACGAUGUGCGAUACGAUACGGGGGAUAAAAGUAUACAGUGUGGCAGAAAGGUCGAUGCUUUUAAGCUCUGGAUGAUCUGGAAAGCCCGCGGUAUCGAGGGUAUGGCUCAUAUGACAGAACAUACCAUGGAGCUGGCAGAGUUCUGCUUGCAGUCUGUCGCUAGCAAGCCUGGGUUCCGUUUGGUGAUAGCGCCGAUGCAGUGCCCUAACGUCUGCUUCUGGUAUAUACCCUCGUUUAUGAGACAUCAAGUGGAAGAUGACUCGUGGUGGGAGCUGAUGCACAAGAUAACGCCAAAGAUAAAAGAGUUAUUGACAAAGAGCGCUCGACUAAUGGUGGCUUACUCCCCGCUUCGACACCACAAGAACUUCUUUCGAAUAGCUUUCACAUUCCACCCAGUUCUAGAAGACAAACAUGUGCUUGAAAUGCUGCAAGCUAUUGAAGAAUGUGGAGAAAUGAUUACAUCGGAUAUGCUGUGAUUAAAUAUAAUAAUAAAUUCAA